CGCUCGACGAACGCAUACGCGACGGCGCUGAACCGUUUGACCUCGAGGCGUGCUUGUUGAUCAAUGCGAGCCGCAUAGCAUGGCUGCUAUCUCGCCCGACCCCUCGACCGGGGACGCUCGAUUUCCGGAUGGCUCUGGCAGCAACUCAGAUUCCAAAAGUCCGCUAGCAAACUUCGCAUUCUUCAAAAACCUGACCGAGAAGAAGACGACACGAGAUGGACAACCACCGAAGAGGAGGGGGCCCAAGCCCGACAGCAAGCCGGCCUUGACCCGGCGCCAGGAGCUCAACAGGCAGGCGCAAAGAACGCACCGAGAGCGGAAGGAGAUGUACAUCAAAGCGCUAGAGCAAGAAGUGCUUCGCCUGAAGGAUUCAUUCGCCAACACUUCAAGAGAGCGCGACGCAUUCGCGGAGGAGAACCGACGAUUGAAGGAACUGCUCAUGGCCCACGGCAUAUCAUUUGACAUCUCAAGUCCGAGCAACGGCCUACCCCCUUUCGGGAGCUCAACGUACGGCAGCAGUUCAGCGGGCAGCGUGUCAGGCGGCUACGGCCCUGGGACCAAUUCAACCGGCUACACGUCGCCGCCCACGAUGCCGCAUCGAGGAUCCGUUUCCCACGACAUAGCCGUCAACCAGCCGCAACCGGUCCCUCACCCCAACGGCGGGAUGGAUUAUGAUCAAAUCGGAGUGGACUUCGUCUUAACGUACGAUCGAACGCCUUAUCUUUCUCCUCCACCCCAGCAAUAAUGCCCGUCACCCCUCAAUUCUCUUUUCUUUAAUUCGCUCAUCGUACGUCUCGAUUCUUCUAUCUUCUGCGCUCUGUUCUGACUGCUCUUCGCCAUCCAGUCUAGAGCGUCCCUGCAUGGACCACAUGCAAUUCCUAAUGGUGCGGGCUCACGACGCCGACGAGACAAUCAGCGGCCACGCGCUGAUGGCGACUGCGCCGCCCGAACAUCAUAUUGCGCACCACCCGCAA